UGCACCUGUUCAGUGUUAAUCAUUUGCAGUGUCUACGUAGUUUUAUAUAGCUGAAACUGUGAGUAGAAGCAGUGCAGACUGACAUCAGUGUUAUCUGGAAGAGAACAACUUGGAGAGACUAUGGCCUCUACAAUUAGCCUCCUCCCCGAGAAGCAUUUCUUGUGCCCUCUUUGCCAAGAUAUCUUCACCAGUCCAGUGACCAUCCCAUGUGGACACAGCUUCUGCUUGUCCUGUCUCUCCCAAUACUGGACACGACACCAGUCCAAAUACUGCCCCCACUGUAGGAGGCUGUUUGCUGACAGGCCAGACCUCAGUGUCAACCGCAUUCUGGCAGACGUCUCAGACAACUACAGGGAGGCUCGACCAUCAAAACCACCUGACGAGGAUAUGGUUAUAGAUGUUGAACAAAUGAUUCAGGAAAGGCUGCAGAAGAUAGAAAGGUUAAAAUAUUCUCUCGAACUUCAAAAGACCUCCUACCUCAGAGAGGUGCGAGAGAGCCAGAGGGUCUUCUCUGCCCUCGUUCAUGCUAUGGAGAAGAGUCACAAAGCAGUCGUUGACGCAAUUGAGUCGAGACAGAGAGAGGAGGAGAAGAGAGUGCAAACGCUGGUGAAAGAGAUCGAACAGGAGAUCAGAGAGCUGAGGAAGGAGACCAGUGAACCUGAUUCUCAGAUUCCUGUCAGCAGUGAUCAGAGUGACGAUAUGAAGCAAGUUACUGUGAGCAUUGUUCCCACAAUGUGCCACUCUGAGAUGAAAGACUGGUCCAAGGUUACCGUAGAAACUGACCCUUGCAUUGGGGUCACCAGACGAGCACUGGGGGAUAUAAUGGAAAAGAUAAAGGUCGAAGUCAACAGGCUCUCCAAAUCUGAACUAAAAAGAAUAGAGAAGUACACAGUGGAUGUCAAUCUUAGCGCAAAGACAGCCCACCCCUUCCUCUCUGUCUCAGAUGACAGAAAACAGGUGAGACACACAGACAAACUUCAGGAGGUACCAGACAACCCCAAGCGGUUUGACCGUGUGGUGAAUGUGCUGGCCAAAGAGAGCCUCAGCAGUGGGAGGUGCCACUGGGAGGUGGAGGUCGGGGAGAAGAUCGAGUGGACUCUGGGUGUCGCAAGACAGUCCGUAAACAGGAAGGGCAAGUUCACUGUCUGCCCUGCAAAUGGUUUCUGGACUUUAAGCUUGAAGGCUGGAGGCCAGUUCAUUGCCAACACCUCUCCUGUCAUGCCGCUGGCUCUGAAGCAGAAACCCAGAAAGGUGGGUGUGUUUUUGGACUACACAGAAGGCCGCGUGUCUUUCUUCUGCGCAGAAUCUGGAGUCCACAUUCACACCUUUACAGAUAAAUUUACUGACAGGCUUCAUCCGUUCUUCAGUCCCGGUCGCCUGCAUGGUGGCAAAAACGAUGCACCCCUAAUCAUCUCUUCAAGCUUCUGCAGCAUCUAAACAUCAUGCUUAAUAUUUUUAUAUUUUUUAAUCUCCAGUGUAGAUACAGCUUUUUCUUCAUUGUGAAAAAAUGUCAAAUUUAUUUAUCUGAAAUCCAUGUAAAGAGCUUAAAUGAGCCACAUUUUGCCUGUCAGAGCAGUGAACAAGAGGUUGCCUAAGGACUGACUCCCUACACUUGAAAAACUUCAAUGAAACCCAUAAACAGAUUGAAAAGGAAUGAGAAGAAAAAAGGAGACUCUCAUAAGUGAAUAAGUGAGUUAAACUCAAAAAAGCAGAGAAAAGGGGUUGCUGAGUUGGAUGGAUGCGAGGGGCUGCAGGGUUGGGACAGAGGUUGACAAGGAGCAGGGAGGGAGGGCACAGUGAAAACAGCAGGGCAUUGUGCUUGUACACCAGGCACUGGGAGACACACUCAAACACAUUCACUCAUUCACACACCGACACGGUCGGGCACACAAGCGCAUGCUUCUGCCCACUGCCGCACAGACUUGCGCUGGCAUCUCGGAGGGCAGCCCCAUCUCCAGUCUAGUCCUGGAUGUCAGAGCUGAUCAACCCCAUUCAAUUCACCUGACCUUGGAGAUAGAGCCUCCUCUGAUCUGCAGCCUUCCUGUGGACUGAACAGAAUAUCUCAGGGCUGUCAUUCACAACGCCAGGAAUCCCAACUAAUCUAUGCAAGCAGAGGACCAGUGACUGUCACCUGUGGACCAAGGGGAGCAACGAGAGUCCAAAAUACUCCAUUUUGAGGAUACCUGUCCUUGUCUGACCCAAGCUGAACUCAACGACAUCAUCACCUGAGACUGAGGAUCCUGCAGUGGAGCGCAAAAUUUCCACUACUGUAGACUGUCACAUUUCUUUUAUGGGACUAUAAGUGGUCCCUCUGCAGCAAACAGAGACUGAAAUUAAACAAAGACAAAUACAUCUGAUUCUAACAACA